UGUAGUACUUCCGGUUUUUCUUGAAGAUUUUUGUCUUUCGACAAAACAGAAUAUAGGACAACGUAAAUCUUUUGUCCAUGGUUCUUAAAGAAAUAUUAUCUACGUCAAUGGAAUCGGCUUUGUAUCACAAGGGAAAGGCUACUUAGAGAUACAAUGGAAGAAGAAAAACCAAAGAAAAAGAAAAGCAGCAGAUGUCAUAAAAAGAAAAGCAGUGAACACAUUAAAACUAGUAAAGACACUGAAAAGCCCAGUGAAAAGACUCUAUCCACAACAGGACAAGAGAAGGAUGUGGCAGACAAUGAAGGAGAGAGUAGUCGGAAAUCAAAUGCAGGUUCUCCAGAAGGUGGCUGUCCAAUUUGUCUGGGUAAACUAGACAACACUUCCUUCACAGACAGCUGUUUUCAUCAGUUCUGUUUCACUUGUCUGAAAGAGUGGACUAAAGUGAAACCGGAGUGUCCCCUAUGCAAACAAAAAUACACCAGUAUCUUGUUUAACGUCACAUCGUAUGAGAAGUACGAACAGAUAAGUGUUGCUGACAUUCAGAGUGCCAAUCAAGCGGAGAACCCCCACCAUAGGUUCAGGUAUCGAACAACGUUGACUGUGGAGAGAAGGUUGAUGCUGGACUUUCCAGAUGCAGCUAGAUCUCACAUUGAACAUGAUUACACUCUGAUGAGACCUUCUCGAACAACAACCACGAGGACCCAUUGGAGAAGACAACGAGAGAGUGCUACCUCAGACUUUAGGAGAAACGUGUACAUGAACGGACUGAGAGCUCUUGAAUUUCGUGAUCAAAGAAUGCGGGAAAGGGACAUCACUCCAGAGUUCUUCACCAGGAAUCCAGCCACACUGCAUAGACUGGUUCCAUGGCUAAACCGAGAACUAAAUGCUCUGCUGAAUAAUGACAAUAACAAUCGUCAGCAGUUUUUAAUGGACUUUAUUCUUGGGCUGAUUAAAACAUAUCCAAUCAGCAGUGAAGAAUUUUACAAUCAUAUUUAUCCUUAUCUAGGUAGGCGCACUAGACAAUUUAUGCAUGAGUUUGAAACUUUUGCCAAAAGUCCAUACAACAUUAGUGCUUAUGACCAGAAUAUUGUGUAUGAACCACAGCCUAUUGAGGUGAUAUCAGCUGGAGAAAGCACAGAAGAAGAGGAGGAGGAUAAUGAUGAUGUCAUUAUCAUUGAUCAGGGUGGGUCAAGCAAUGAUCCUAUUGACCUCUCUGAAAUGGAUUCACCACCUCAACCACCUUCCCAAACACCACCACCAUUGCCACAGGAACCGUAUCCAGAUGAACCUCGUCAACCACCGAGAGAACCGCCAGCCGAGCGGAGAACUAGUAAUACAAGUAACCCUGACUACACACCAAUUCUGGAUCGGGUUCGUAGAUUCCUUGAGGAACCACCCCCUCAUCCUUCAAGCCUUCCUUCUGCUGGAUGGGAUUCCCCGAUACCUGGACCAUCAUGGAUGGACACCAAAAGUGAUUCAGGAGGGGUACAGGAGAUACCUUUACCCACUACUCCACCCGUCCUUUCUACCGACAUGGCCUCUGUAACCCUAUCCCAGGAAAAAGACCCACUGCCUCCACCCAAAAAGAAAGGUGGAAUACCUAUUUUUCCUCCAAUGCUGACAGAACUGUUCAACAAUGCUGGUAAAACAGCCAUAAAGAUAGAAAACAGUGAUGACUCAGAUGAGUCCUCUAUAGGGAGUGAUGUUAUUUUUAUAUCCAUUGAGAACCCCUGGGAGGCAAGGCCUGCUGUUGUCUUAUCUUCAGAUGAGGAAGGAGAACAAAACAAUCAGCAUACCUCUAAGACUGAAAGGAAAAAAGACAGACUGAAGCAUGAUGAUAGGAAUUCAACCUCGUCCAAAAGAUCACGGUCCAGGCAUGAGCGCCACCACCACAGGUACGAAAUAUCUAGCAGCCGCUCAAGGUCCAGAGAAAGAAGCCAUGCCCAUCAUCCUAAAAAGCGCCACAAGAAACACAAAUCCCGAGAAUAUGAACGAUACAGAUCUAGGUCACGUUCCCGUGAGAGACAUGGUUAUCAUCCGGAACCAAAUUAUUAUAAUUAUUAUGACAGUAGAUUCUAUUCCAGCAGUCGUCCAUCUUAUGAAGACGAAUACUAUUCAAGGAUGUCAAGACCAAGACUUGUAGAUGAUAGGCGAGACUGGGACUAUGGCCGUUCAUAUAGUAGGGUGAUUGAAGCUGAAUAUGAUCGUCCCAAGAAGUAUGCUUACAGAUCCAGUAGUGAGGAUUCAUACUCCCAUAGAAGCAAGAAGUUUAAAAAGGCAAAGAAACAUAAAAAACACAAGAAGCAUAAAAAACAUAAAGCAACAUACAUUUCAUCCGAUUCUGAUUUUGAUAUCAUAGCAGUAGGGAGGCCUAAACCAGCACCUGUUGAAGCUCAAGAAAGGCAAGACACUGCUGAAAAAACCUCAAGUUCUGCAUUUGAAUCAGGGAAAUAUAAAAAGCACCCAACAGGACACAAGAAGAAGACCUCCUCUACAGUUCCUGAGAGUUCUACAAGGCGGGAGACAUCAGUUGCGUGUGGACACGCCCCCACAAGCCCUCCAGAUGAAGGGAUCAUUCAGGAGAUCUCGGAGGGGAACCUCUGUUUGAGUCCAAUCUCGGAUGGUUCCACCGACUCCCAGAUGAACCUGCUGCAUCAAACCGCUGUCUCUGAGGGGUCCUCUAGCAAGCCAUCUACCUCCCAGCCCAACAACAAGGGUCAGUCACCAGUGAACACCUCCAUCAACAAUUACUUGUCUGACAUUUCAGACGGCGCCUCCGAAGAGGGGUUUGAUCCGUGUACAAACAAUGUUGUCCUCGGGAACCAGGAGAGCCGGUGUCCGUCUGUUUCGAUGUCUGGGAACGGCCUAUGUGACAGAUUUAUAUCAGAGGGGUGGUACAGGGUGGACGACGGCGCCGAUAUCCCGACCUCCUGUCCCAGUCCCUUCCAAUGUAACACACAGUACCCUGUCUGGAUGCUAGGCACCGUCCCGACGGUUGCUGACGGUGAGGUACAGCGGAAUGCAUGUAUGUCCAGUACACAGGGAUGCUGCUCUCUGUUUUGGACUAUCAAAGUCAAAAACUGUGGCAGUUACCGGGUCUACUUCCUGAGACAGACGGAUUCCUGCCCCAUUGCUUACUGUUUCGAGAAGAAAACAUACAGCACAACUACACUGGACUCAUCAGAAGAAUCUUCGGCCUCGUCUUCAUUGCAGGACGUGACGUCAACCAGUAUGGAGAACUCUGAGAGUGUGACCCAGGAAGGCAUGACCUCAAACGAGACAGAUACAGAUGGAAUAUUAUCGCCCUUAUCAUCUAUUUCCAAACAACCUUCAACGACAAACAAACAAACAGAUGUGGUGAGCACUCCAUAUGAUGAGGUCAAUAUAACAUCACCAACAAGUUCUCCUGACGUCACGCACUCACAAGUUGUAGAGGAGGACUCCCCAGAUGUACUCAUAUAUGUUCUAGUAGCUGUUGUGGGAGUGUUGUGCCUAAUUAUAACUGUUAUCAUUCUCUUUCUGUGGAUAUCUAGGAGAGAUGGACGUGUUAUCAAAAGGAAAGAUAGUAAAAAUAAACAACAAGAAACAACAAAACCGUCAAAUUAUUACAGCGACCUGCCCGAUUCCGAGACUAUCUAUUACUACAUUGAUCAGGCCAAGGAAACCGAAAACAACGCAGAAAACGAGAAAAGAGCCUCAGCACAAGAUCGGAACAUGUAUCUUGACGCAAUUCAAUGUCCGGUCUUAACCGAUGAGUUCAGAUACGACGAAGCAAAAGAAGUUGAGGAAAUCAAUGUCCUCAACAUGGGUCUUGAAAACAAGGAAAUGUAUCUGAAAAUGGGAUCGGGCAGCACAAAAAUGUACCUUGACAUGGGUUCAGAGAGAAGAGAUGUGUAUCAGGAAUUUAACCGAAGAUCGUUGCAAGCAUCAUCUGGAAAUGACGUCAUCGAAAGGACCGCAGAUACAGGAGUCAACCCAUACGAAUGUCCCGGUAAAGUUGAGGAAAACCAUGAGUAUGCCAGUCUACCGAACGGAAAUUCAGGAUGCAGUAAUGCCGCUUAUGAGGCAGAACAGCACGACAAAAUAUGGGAUUCUCCAGUAGAAAGUGGGAGUCGAUUAUCAUCUGUAUCAUAUGAUGAUGUCAACUUUGACGUUACAAAUGACGUCAGAACUUAAUUCUGAGAACAAAUACUCCUUCAAUACACUUUUCUUAUGUGAAUCUAGUUCAGAUACUCAGUAACUUCAAGUUGAUGUAGUAUAAUAUGGAAUUUUAUGAUCAUAGAACAUUGAUUUAAUCUUUAAAGAUUUGUUUUGAUGUACAGAAAAUAUUUACAUACGGUGCUUAUGCAAUAAAAUUCUAUUUUUGCUUUUA